UUGUUGGCGGGUCUAUCAGGUAAUUCGCUAUGGGCCUUCGUCAUAAAUGAAGUAUUUAACUAUCUCAAUGCUAGUAUUUACCUCGACACAGCGUUAUGCCAGUAAUCAAACGAAACAUCUAUACCGGUGUUGUUUGCCUGGGAGACGGGCCACGGGUGCCUGCGUUACUGUUACUCGGUUCUCUCAAAGGCUACAAAUGUCACACAAUUGAGCCCGGAUUUCAUAGAUUUCGGAAUACCAAAAAUGUAUCGUCAUCGAGGCCUGGAGCCUGGUGUGGUAGACAUGCAGAGAGCGGCGGCAACGAGUACAGGGUCCAUGCUUGUUGCACCGUUCAUGGACGACAACGAAUACGUGCCACAACCCCCGCCUCCUCCAUUCAACGUGAAGAAAGAUGUGAAUUACAAGAAGUCCAACCGGUUCAGUAACCACGACAACAGAAACGCCUUUCAGGACCACGGCGUGUACCUCGGAAAUGGUCGCGAAACAAGGCUUCUUGGUCGACGUCUUCUCAGCAGUCACCAACCCCUCCACCAAACCACCAGUGGCUUCCUCUCCCACCAAACGAUGCAGCCGAUACAGGUCGAUCAGAACAGCUUAUACACAGCUUCGUUUCUCGGCCAUCCAACAAGAGAGCCCCCAGUUCACCGGAGAUUCCCGAAGGCUUACAAAGAACCCCGGGAAGGAACGAUUACACUCGACACAUCCACACCAAGCUGGUUCAAGACUCCAGAAGUUCCCUAUAGAACACCUCUUCAUGUUCUAGCUGUGACACAGGAACCCUUCGUAGAACAUAAUCCGUGGAAGUAUUCAAAUAAUGCUCUCAAGCGAGUUUACCCACCGUAUGACAGAAAAAGCGAACCUGUUGUGAACAAUACCUUUAAUCGGUAUGGAGCUGCUUUUGCCGACAAAUGCUCCAGUGGCCACAGGCGGUCUCAGAUAUAGUCAUUGUUUCUUUGAGCGUGUUAUCUUACUGUAUUCGUAAAAUUAUAAAGUCAGUGGUUUUAAAAUGGAUUUCGAUAUGAUUAUUUAAAGUAGGCUUUCGUAAUGCGACAAUAAAGCCACCCUUAGUUGUCAGAGAAUCACGUCAGUGUCUGAGUAAUGUCAUAUGUUUGUUUCCUGUUUCGGUUAUAUUAUUGAGAUGCGCUUGCGCAGGGUUUUUAAAGAAAACUAGUAUGUGUGCAAAAUAAGACAUGGAUUUCUGUUAAUAUCCGGUUAAUGUGACCUGACCACAUGUUUGAGAAUCGCGUAUUAAUAUAUUGUGAAUGAAGGAAACACAAUCUGAGUACAGUUUCGAAUUUCGUUGUACAAACAGGAAAUGAUCUUGACUCUUUCCUUGAAAACGGACUUUGAUUAUGAUAUAAUAUAAUAUAAUAUAAAAUAUUUUCGAUUUCUUUCGAUUGUAGUUUUAUUAAGAUCAGAUAUCGAAAUAUUUCGUUCAGAUUAUGGUGUUAUACACAUUUUACAUGUCUACCAAUUUUGGACACUGGUGGUAUUUCAUGCUGAUCUGUUUUCGACAUAGAACAGUUCUUGGAACAAACUAGUUUUCAUCCUCUUUGGUAUAUUUUCUAUCCACCCAAAGAGCUGUCACUUUCGAAACUUACAAAUAUCGUUUUCUGGAAGGGAAUUGUGAAGUAAUUCAUUUCAAAUAAUUUCUAUGUAGUAUAUUUUUGUUGUCAAUGACGUAUUUUUGAUCACACGAAUUGAAUAUGAACAGAUUAAAGUUUGCCUGCCGAUAACAUUGGGUGCCCCUCCUUAAAACUGAAAGGGUUACACAACACUCGAACAUCAUAUAACGUUGCUUGAUCCAGAUUGGUUUCUUUUCGAGACAGGAGUUUGGGGGCACUAAUUGCCUGGUUCAGACAAUGUGUAUUGUUUCGCUUUACGUAAUACACAUUCUAAAGACACACGGAGAAGGCCAUUCACUGUUUUAACCGCCAGUAUUACACUGUAUGUAUUAUUCUUAUUUUCUGUGAUAUAUUGAAAAGCACACGCCUACGUCGGCAUAAGACGUUGUUAAUUUAAUUAAACAAUUUUUCACUA